GGGACGCGCCGUACCGGGAACCGCAGCCCUCCGCCGGGCCGGGCCGGGCGGGGCGGGAGCCGCGGGGAGGAUGGGCUGAGCCGGGCGGAGCGGGACAAUGUGCGGGGACCCGGCGGCCACCGGGGUGUACGGGCACCGCCGGCCCUAGGGGCAGCUCCCUCUCCUCGGCUGCAACUGCUGCCAUGAGCCGCGACCCCCCCCAACCCGUCCUCCCCACCCCGGGGGGGGGAGCCCAGCCCGGCAACCCCUCGGCCCCUUGGACAUGCUGCGCUGCCCGUCCUGCCUCCUCCUCCUCUGGGAGCCGGUGACCGUGUCCUGCGGUCACUCUUUCUGCAAGCCGUGUCUCGGGGGGGCCGUGCCCUCCCGCUGCCCCCUGUGCCAGGAGAGGCUGAAACUGCUGGGCGUCGGGGCGGCGAGGUGCAACGUGGUGCUCUGCGGCCUCCUGGAGAAAUGCGUGGAGCGGGAAAGCCGGCUGGCCUGGCUGGCGGCACGCGUCCGGGACCGUCUCAGCCGUGGGGAUGCGCGGGAAGCGCUGAGGAUGGCCCAAAAAGGGGUCGAGUUGGCCCCAGAUUCCAGCUCCCUGCGGCUGUGCCGGGCAGAGGCAUUUGCGGCGCUGGGGCAGCACCCGCAGGCGCUGGAGGACCUGGAUGCUGUGUGCAGGGCUGAGCCUGGACAGCACGAGAGCUUUUUCAGGAAAGGGAAGGUGCUUCUGGAGAUGGGACAGAGAGCCGAAGCCCUGCUGGCGUGGGAACACUGCCUGACACUCAGUCCCCAUUUCCACCCUGCUCGGAGAGAGAUGGAGAAGAUCCUCAUGCAAAAGGAUGCUCCUCAGCCACGCAUGGCUGCUGCAUGCCUGGGUGAUGCUCACUGGGGCUCAAGUGGUCCCCAGGUUGAUGGAGGGAGCCCUGCACUCCCAUCGUCUUCUGCACAAGCUCAGGAUCAGGAGGGAGAGCCGGUGGAUGGCAGAGGGGACGCUGGGUCUGAGCACGGCCAGGGGACAGCCACCCUUUCCGAGCCGGGGCGACAGCAAGAACCAGAGACUUCAGCAGAGAGACAGGGCCAGUGGUUGGUAGAUAACGAAGAGGAAACAGCAGCAGCAAAGUGUACCCAGCUGUGCCUCGGGGAGCUGCUGAGCAUAUCUGACUUGGAGUGUUCCCUCUGCAUACGGAUGUUCUUCGAGCCGGUGACGACGCCGUGCGGGCAUACCUUCUGCAAAGAGUGCCUCGAACGCUGCCUGGACCAUCGGCCCAACUGCCCUCUCUGCAAACAGAGCCUGAGAGAGUACCUGAAGGCUGGAAGCUACAGCCCCACGGUGCUGCUGCAGGACAUCAUGCUGGCCACCUUCCCUGCACAGCUGGCCGAGCGCCGGGAGCUGCACCGGGCUGAGAUGGCAGAGCUCUCCAACCUGACCAAGAACAUCCCCAUCUUCGUAUGCACGAUGUCCUUCCCAGGCAUCGCCUGCCCUCUGCACGUCUUCGAGCCUCGCUACCGCCUCAUGAUCCGGCGGUGCCAGGAGACCGGCACGAGGAGGUUUGGCAUGUGUAUAUAUGAGAAUGGGAAAAGUUUUGCUGACUACGGCUGCAUGCUGGAGAUACGGCAGAUCGAGCCGCUGCCGGACGGGAGGUCCUUGGUGGACACAAUCGGCAGGCGGCGGUUCCGGGUGCUGAGCCGUGGACACAGGGACGGCUACAACACUGCCGACAUCGAGUACCUGGAGGACAAGAAGGUGGCCGGGGAGGAGCUGCAGGAGCUGCAGUGCCUGCACGAAAGCACCUACCGCUUGGCUCAGCGGUUCUGUGAGCACGGAGACCUUGCCUCCAGGCACAUUUUCAUGCAGCAUGGACCGCUGCCGGAGAAGGAAGAGGACAUCCAGGCUUCGGCAGACGGCCCGACGUGGUGCUGGUGGCUCAUCUCCAUCCUGCCCCUCGACCCGUCCUACCAGCUGAACCUCUUCUCCACCACCUCGCUGCGUGCCCGCCUCACGCAGCUGCAGCGCAUCCUCGCCGCCCUGCUGCAGCAGCCCCCCGCCAGGCACCCGCUGCCCGAGCGCAGCCCCCGGGGCCGCGUCUGAGUCCCCCCCUGGUCCCCGCACUCUCUGCAGGGGAGACCUCCACCCCUUUGGGUUUCUUUAUGUGUUGCUUCAUGGGUUUGUGUGUGGUUUGAGCCUCCCCCCCCCUACUUCCCAAAGCGACCUCAGCGAUGAGCUGGGCACCCUCUGACCGGCACGGUGGGGCCGGUGCCGCACCGGCAGCGACACUACACCGUCCACACCGCCUCCGGGAGCUGCUCGGUGAUACGGCCGUGCCGUGCCAUCGGACCGGGAUGGAAAGCUGGGUUGUGUCUCGGGAACCAAAGUCACUUGCUGAGCUGCUUCAAUGCUAAGGACUCUCCUUUGGGCAGAGGACUGAGUGCCAGGAUCACCUCUUCCUUUUUGAAGGACAACCGUAGGGUUUUUGGUAGAUGGUCCUGCUCUGUGCAGCAGAUUUUCGGGCUUGGGAGAGGUGGCGCUGGGAGGCAGAGAGGUCCCAGCGGCUUCCCCCAGCCUCAGGAGCCGAUGGCUCUGCCUCCGCUUACCAGUUUGACUUCAUUUCUAUUCAAACAAGAAGAAAAGUUAAAUUAAACAAUCCAAAGCCCACAGUGCUGCUCAUAACCACCUCUAUGGCCACACAGUGAGGAGAUGCUGCUCGCUGAACAUGUCCAGGUCAGGAUGUCCCCUUCCCACUGCUCUGCUCCAUGUUCUGCUGUGUUUGCUGUGCCGAGCUCGCCGGCUGCCUUCCCGGGCCAGAGCCGUGCUGGAGGCUGCUGGCCACUUCCCGACUGCCAGCUCCACUGCUGGGAAGUGCUGUGGGAAAGGGGGGGUGGAUUUGGCAGUGUUGGUGCUUUUCCCCCCACCCAAAAGCUGCUGUUCCCAAGCCUGGCUGGGUUCAGGUUGCGGGGUCGGACCUAGGGGCUGGAAGGAGCCGAUGGCGCCAGGGACAUAAGCCUGGAAUUGGCUUUGCGAGACUUUCUGCUCCUUGAAUAGUGCAAUUUUCCCAUGUUCAGUGAUUCUUGUGAACUUUCUGCCUCCUCAGGAGAAAAUCAGGAUCUGAACUGAGGCCAGAUCCUUGCACUUGGGACCCAGAACUGUUCAGGAUCCCCUGAAAGAGCACAGAGUGAUGUCAAAGGGAGCUGAACCUCCGGAGAGCCAGGGAGGGGGCAGGACCGGUGACCAAGGCUGUGAGCUCCAUGUCAGGGGAGCAAGUGCCUGUCUGCAGGUGCCUGUCUGCUGCUUGUCUCUAAACACAGGGAAAAGAGCAUCCCCCUGGACAGCCUAGGCUUUCCACCAUGGAAAUCCUGAAGGUUUGGGAUCAUCCAUAGUUUCAGUGGCUUUGGGUUGAAUUUUAGGAGUGAAUACCCACUUAGCGAGUUGUUGGAUUAACAUCACUUUGAGAAUUUUAUCCCUGCUUUUUCCAAAGAUUCCACACCCCAUCUGGGGGCCCAGUGGGCUGUUGGAUGUGUGUGUGGGAGAGAAAAUCAAGUUGGGGCUACAGUGCUCCUUACUGCAUGUAUUGCUGGGCUGAGCCCAGGGCAGGAGGCUCUGGACACAGCUCCGGAGGGGUCCCUGCCCAGGGCCACUGCCUUUCCCCGUCCUGCUCUCUCCAGGAGAGAGGUCUCGGUCCCUCCUCUCCAGCAAAGUGCCUCCCCUGAGUGACAAUCAGGGUGAGCUGGGGGCUUGCUCCCCAGGGACCAUAGUAAGUGCAGGGCAGCUGAGGACAACUCAAAGCUGGAUUUGCUCCUCUACCUUUAAGCCAUGUCCUCCCCCCCCCACUUUGCUGCUCUCUCUGGGACACCCCGACUCCCCCAGGGGGCUGUAUCCUCAGGAUGUCGGAUUGGGGUGGGCAGGGGUAGGUGAUGGAGGGACACCUCCACAGUGCCUUUCAUUUCCACAGGGUCAAUGUGAGUUUAUCCAGUGCCACCCCCAGCCGAGCCCCUCACCUACCCCCCUCCGAGUUGCCUGUUCCCCAAGUGCGGGAGCUCCCUGGGCCACUGCGGGUCCCUGCAGCAAGGGGGAGGCGUGGGGGGAUGCAGGGGAGAAGUGUGGGUUUCCACCGUGUCCACGCUGGGGGAGAGUUGGGGACCAGAGCCACAUCUGCCUGGCUGCUUUGGGAAGGGACUCAUGCAAAUAGCUCCAGUUUGCUUGGAGUGCCUUUGGGGUUUGUAUUAGUAUCUUUGCUCUUUGAAUUAAAUUUGAAAGAAAGAAAGAAAUCUGAAAUAAA